AUGAUUAAUAAGCACUUAUUUGAGAUUAUGUUGCUGUUUCUGGCUUCUUCCAUGAUCUUCUCCCUAGAACUGAAGUCAGUUCACUUCCAACAAAGAAGAGUGAACAAAGAGAGUUUAAAACUUUUGAAUGCUUUGCAGAGUUCUUUCAUUGAGCAGUGUCUACCACACAGGGAAAACUUCAUGCUUCCUCAAAAGUCUAUGAAUCCUCACCAGUACCAUAAAGGACACACCCUGGCCAUUAUCCAUGAGAUGCUUCAGCAGAUCUUCAACCUCUUCUGGACAAAUCUUUCUCUGGACAAUUGGGAGGAAAGCCACAUGGAGAAAUUCUUCAUUGAACUUCAUCAACAGCUAGAAUAUCUACAGGCACUCAUUGGACUAGAAGCAGAACAGAAAAGUGGCGCUUUGGACACAGAGAACCUUAGAUUGCAGGUUAAAAUGUACUUUCAAAGGAUCCGUAACUACCUGGAAAACCAGAAAUACAACAGCUGUGCCUGGACCAUUGUCCGAGUAGAAAUCAUUCGGUGCCUGUUCUUUGUUUUCAGACUCAGCAAAGCUGAGCAAAUGAUGAAUGGACCCUUGAACCAGAUGAAGCAUGAUCUGAUCGUAUGCUUUAAAAGCAGAGGGUAG